AUGAGUUUCCUGGAACGCUCCCAUCUCCUCCCCUCCUCCCUUAUCCUUUUCAUCCUUUCUCUUCUUUCAAUCCAGCAAUCGUAUUUGGUGUCGCCGCAACGGCCGGCGUCGUCGCCUUUUAAGGUCGGACUGAUUCUCAACCUCGACUCUCUCGUGGGCCGCAUGGCACUCACGUCGAUCCGCAUCGCCGUCGACGACUUCUACACCGCCCACCCCCGCUCCUCGAACCAUCUCGAACUCUUAGUCCGCAAAUCCAAUGAUGUUGUCACCGCCGCCUCUGCUGCGAUGGAACUGAUGAUGAAGCACGAAGUGCGGGCCAUCCUCGGCCCGCAGACGUCGAUCGAGUCGGAGUUCGUCGCCGAACUCGGCUCGAAGGCCCAUGUCCCGAUCGUUGCCUUCUCGGCCACCAGCCCCUCGGUCUCGCACUCCCACUCCCCCUACUUCCUCCGCGCUGCUGCGAACGACGCGGCCCAGGCGGCCGCCAUCGCCGACCUUGUGUCGGCCUAUGGCUGGCGUCGCGUCGUCCCGGUCUACGAGGACAACGACUAUGGCUCCGCCCUCGUCCCCUACCUAAUCGACGCCCUCAACGCCGCCGGCGCUGCCGUCCCCUACCGCUCGGCAAUUCCGGCCUCCGCCUCCGACGACUACGUCUCCGCCGCGCUGUACCGCCUCGCAACGGAGCAGAUGCGCGUGUUCGUCGUUCACAUGCGGCCGGACCUCGCCGCCCGGUUCUUCCCGCUGGCGAGCGACGCCGGCAUGGUGAGCGCUGGAUACGUGUGGAUCAUCACCGACGGCCUCACCGCCCUCCUCGGCUCCGGCAUCGACGCAGCCACCGUAGCCGAGUCGAUGCAGGGCGUGCUUGGCCUCGCGCCGUUCACCCCGAAGUCGGGCCGCGUGAACGAAUUCAAGAGGAAGUGGCGCCGCCGGUUCUCGGAAGAAAAUCCAGCCGACGACGUCACCACAGCCGCCGCAACCAGCAGCUACGCUCUGUGGGCGUACGACGCCGCGUGGGCCGUUGCAGAGGCCGCCGACCGGCUCGGUCCGGUGGGACCGGAGUAUGUCGGGGCCGGCACGGAGCCCACCGAUAUCGCGAAUUUGCCCGUGUCGAGCACGGGGCAUGAGCUACUGAAGCUGCUAGAGGAGGCCGAAUUCGACGGCCUCGGGGGGGAAUUCCGGCUGGAUGACGGGGAGCUGAACGUGACGGCGUUCUGGAUCGUGAACGUGAUCGGCGAGGGCGCGAGGGAAAUCGGAUUCUGGACGCCGCAACACGGGCUGUCUCGGCGGCUUGACGGGAGCGGGGAGGGGCUCGCGGGGGUGAUAUGGCCCGGGGAGUCGAUGGUGGAGCCGAAGGGGUGGGAUCGGCCGACGAGCGGAGCGGUGCUGAGGGUCGCGGUGCCAGGGCCGGUCGACGUGGGAUUCCACGGCUUCCUGGACAUCGAGACGGACGCAGCGACGAACCGGACGAUGGCUGGCGGGUUCGUGCUGGCGGACGUCGUGAGCUACCACACGCUCGUCCAGCAGGUCGCCAAUGGGAGCUACGACGCAGCAGUGGCCGACAUAACGAUCACGGCCAACCGGUCGCAUCAAGUGGACUUCACGCUGCCGUACAUGGCGUCGGGCGUGUCAAUGGUGGUGGCGGUGCGCGACGAACGGAGCACCAUCUGGGUCUUCAUCAAGCCCUUGAAACAGGACCUCUGGCUGGUUAGCGCCGCUUUCUUCAUCUUGACCGGCGCAGUCGUGUGGGCUUUGGAGCACCGCAUCAAUGACGAAUUCAGGGGGCCGCCAUCGAACCAGCUCGGCACCGUCUUCUACUUCUCGCUCUCCACGCUCGUCUUUGCUCACAGGGAGAAUGUGGCGAGCAACCUAUCUAAGUUCGUUGUGGUGAUAUGGGUAUUCGUGGUGCUCAUACUGCAAUCAAGUUACACAGCCAGCCUGACUUCGAUGCUCACCGUGCAAAAGCUUAAGCCGGCUUUCGUAGGCUUCGACGAUCUUAAGAACAGCGGCAAAAACGUCGGAUACCUUCAAGACUCUUUUGUCAAGGGGGUCUUGCUGAACAGAGGUUUCGAUGAGUCGAGACUAGUGUCGUUUAAGUCUCCUCAGCAGUACGAGGAGGCGCUCUCCAAUGGCACCGUCGCUGCUAUUGUCGACGAGAUUCCGUAUCUGAAGCUCGUCUUUCUCAAGAAGUACUGCAGUAACUACACGAUGGUGGGGCAGUUGAAUAAGACCGGCGGAUUUGGCUUUGCAUUUCCAAAAGGCUCGCCGCUAGUCUCGGAUCUCUCGAGAGCGAUCCUCAACAUAACGGAGAGCAACGAGGUCACCGAGAUUCAGAGAAAAUGGUUCGGCGACGAAUCUACCUGCCCGAGCCAAGACAACCCCUUAUCAUCCAACCAACUCGGCUUCGAAAGCUUCGCGGGGCUCUUCCUCAUCACCGGAACCGCUUCUCUCUGCGCUUUCGUACUUCACUUAGCAUCCUUCCUCUACAAAAACAGAUACAAACUGCGAAACAUUGCCUCUCAAAACUCUUUCUUGCCGACGCUUCGCUUGAUCGCUAAGCUCUUCGACGACAAGGAUCUCUCGGCCCACACGUUCAAGAGGGCGCAACCGAAGGACGGGUCGAUGAAAGCGGAGAAUAGAGAUACUGGUGUUUCACCUUAUGAGACAUACACAGCUAGCCCCGUGAGCAUGUCUAACUACACAUUUGAAGAAGGGCGAACGACGCCGUCGGUCGAGCCCGCGAGCUCGAUCGUGUUUGAAAUCGAGCCCGCGAGCCCGGUAACGGAGACAACAAUGCACACUGCAGGACAUGGUUGAUAUUAGAUUGAGCUUAGGCUAGUUGUUCAACCCCACAUUGGAUGGAAAAAUUAUAUUGGAUAUGAAUACUUACUAUUAGGGUGUAUAUAUACAAAAAUAUGUACAUAUUAGGAAUAUGAGAUCUAAAAAUGUAUUUGCAAGAAUGUGACACCAAUGUAAUGGGCCUAAAAAGUUCUCAUAUUUGCAUAAUGUAAAUGUUUACACAUCUUUAAUGGCAUAC